AUGGCUGCUGUUCCAAUAACAUUGGGCAUCCACUGGGUGCCACUGACUUCCCUGUGUCCUGGUGCGCCUCGCGACUUUGCAGGUGACCCAGACCCUUCUCUUUGCAUUCAACCACAAAUGUCAGAUUGCAAUGGGGUAAGAGGGGAAGAUGAGGGAGGAGACAGUGAGUGGGAGCUCAUUGAUCAGUGUUUGUCUUCAGAGGGCCAGCAUCCAGAUCACAACAUCAUCCCAAAGGGAGGAAGGUUAUGGGGUUGUCUGCCAUGGUACAGGGGGGGCGCAUGUUUUGGGCGAGCAGUGGGUGGAGUCUGCUCCAGUAUUUCAGAAUACUCCACUGGCCAAACAUCAAGUUUCGCAGCAGCAUCGUGCCACUCCUGGGGUACUGCUGGUGAGGUGAAUGCUCUGAUUGUGAACGCCAGAACCUGUGCGGCGGCCGUCAACCGUAGCUCAUCCUCAGAAUACACUGUUUCGGUCGAUUUCCCUGCACCUUUGGGCUACGUGUUGAGAUAUUUUUUUCCUUUUUAG